AAGUAGGAAGUGAAACCAACGAAGAAGAAGCCAUUACGUUCAUUGACCGCGUGUGAAUUCCACUUUCGCUCAUUGUAGAACAGACAAGCGCUGUUUUUGAACGUUAUCUAUAGAUAAACUGGCGUUUAGUAGAAAGUAGAUUUUUAGUACCCUGUUCACUGUGCGCGUUGACUAAAAUGUGUUACUUUUGACCAAGUUGUUUAUUUUUAGCAGUCUUCCACAUUGCGCAUUCACAUUGGUUUUUCUGGAUAAUUUAGCUCCGGUGUGGCAGAACACCGGUACCAGCAUAACCUGUGAUUAUUUGGAUGAAAGUUGCAGGAGUAGAGAGUACAAUGACAAAGGAAAAUCCGUGGAAUAUUCCUCCUAAUGCUCCAGCCUGCAUGGAGAAGCAUCUGUGUGGGGCGCAGUACAGAGCAGAUGGCACCUUGUUGCUGGGAUGUUCCAGUCUCACUGGCAGGAGUUGGCAAGGGUCGUUGUGGAUCUACAGCAACCCAGAGCAGGCCCCCAAUGAGGGCUUCUGCAAAGCUGGCGUGCAGACUGAGACCGGAGUCACGGAUGUCAAGUGGAUGUCUGAAAAGAGUGUUGUUGUGGCAUCAGAUGCAGGUGCCUUGGAGCUAUGGGAGCUGGCUGAAGAUGAGCGCCUCCUGGUCAACCGCUUCACCAAACACGAGCAUGAUCAUAUUGUCACCAGUGUGAGUCCCGUAGCUGCAGGAAACGGUGCAAUUACUGGGAGCAUGGACUGCAGAAUUAAAGUGUGGGACCUGAGUCAGGAGAUGGUUGUCACUUCAUACAGCGCACACACACAACCAGUCACUUGUGUUGCCUGCAGUCCUACAGAUGAUUCUCUUUUUAUCUCCUGUGGUCAAGAUGGCCGUGUGCUCAUGUGGGACAAAAGGAAGCCACAUAAACCAGCCACAAGAAUAGAGUUAGCGGAUUCACACUGCUUGCCCACUGCGGUCUCCUGGCACCCUCAGGACAGGAGCACUAUUGCCUUGGGUGAUGAGACCGGCAAGGUAAGCGUUAAGGAUUUCCUAGCAAAGGAGUCUGCUCGUGUGGUGAGCGUCCACAGCCGCAGAGUGAACGGCCUGGCAUUUUCUACACAUAGUGAUACUUUGCUGGCCUCCAUUAGUAACGAUUGCUCCCUUGCUGUUUUAAAUUCAGAACUGAAAGAAAUAUUUAGAGAUCAGCGCCACCAGGACUUUGUCACGGGUGUGUGCUGGCUUCACGAAGGCUCGAAUAAGCUCACCACUGUGGGCUGGGAUCACCUUGUGCUUCACCAUACAAUAAAACCAAUAGAGGGCGCCGCCAGCUCAUCUUAGAGCCCGCCACACUUUACCAGCUAGUGUUAAUGUGUAGACUUUUGAUAGUCUUGCAAUUCUAGUCUUGGCAAAUCAUUGCUGAUGUUUGAAAAAAUAAACGUUUAAUAUUGAA